AUGGCUGCCUCUGGAAUGCACCCAAACCAGUUCCAUGCUGGGAACCUUGAAACAUUCAAGAAGGAUGACAAUGGUGGUGACAAACUGGUGUCUAAUUGGACUUGCAUUCCGAGUGAUCGGGUAACUAAGUGGAGGUCGUCUUACAAAGGACAGUCGAACCUGCCCCCGGAACAGACCUUUCGGGUCUGGGGAAUGGCAGGCGCUUCCCAGACUUGGGCCAGGAGGAGCAGGAUGGGCCUGGGGUUGGUGACCCUGCUAAGCUUGUUGAAUCUACUACUGCUUGGAAGGGUCCCUUCCCCCCUUUGUCCUCUUCCAGAAGUUUCCUGUGGUGUGGCCCCUCAGGCAGGAAUUGUGGGCGGUACCAAUGCUUCCCCUGGCCAGUGGCCUUGGCAGGUCAGCAUAACCUACAAUGGCAUCCAUGUAUGCGGUGGCUCUCUUGUAUCCAAACAGUGGGUGCUGACCGCUGCCCACUGCUUCCCAAGGGAGCAUAGGUUGGAGGAUUAUGAAGUGACUGGGGCCCAUCAACUCAGCACCUAUAAUCCUGACACAGUGGUCAUGACAGUAGGCAAGGUCUUCACCCAUCAUAACUAUGUGAAAGAGGGGUCACAAGGAGAUAUCCAUCCUGUCUGGCUACCAGCUGCCAAUGCCUCUUUCCCCAAUGGACUCCAUUGCACCUUCACAGGCUGGGGUAACCCACACAGCUCAGUGAGUCUUUCUAACCCCAAGAUCUUGCAUUAGCCAGAGGUACCUUUGAUUAGUCGAGAAACAUGCAACUGUCUUUACAACAUAAACCCUGAUCCUGACGAGCCACACGUUAUCCAGUCGGACAAGGUGUCUGCUGCCUUUGUACAAGGUGGUAAAGAUGCCUGCCAGGUAAGGAAACUGAAGCAAACAGGGAUAGGUCACUUGUCUAGGAUCAUGUACCAAACCUCUCAGGCCAGGUUUGAAGAUGUCUUCCAGCUUCCAGUUCCAGCACUAUCCACUGCACCACUGAGCGCCCACAGGUAGGAAUAUGUCUGGAAAACUACCAUGCUUUUAAGAGAUUCCAAAGCACUCCAUGAUGCAAACUUUCUCACCAUUUUAAAAAAUAGUAAUAUUCUCAGUUUUUCUAUGUGACCAUGAAUCACAGAAUACUGUGAUCAAAAUUACCAGUGAUCCAAAAACCAAGGAAAAGAUGUAUGAAAGUAUUAAAAGGAAAUGGUGCAUCAUUUAUUUUUCCUCAAAAUACCUAACAAAUUGAAGAUGACUAAAGAAAUUAUGGCAUAAUGAUAUUAAGAUUUCUUAAAGAAUUGCAAAUGUGAAUUCAAAAAACUAGAAGAUUUAAAUGGCAUGAGGCUGAACAGAAAUUGAAACAAUCACAAUAAUGUAAAUAAAGUACCAUCAACAUUAUUAAACUACCCACCCUUUUCCCCAGUGAUACACUAGUAGGCCUAUACUCAAAGAUAGCAAAGAAAGAGGAAAGGGAUCCAUACAUGAAGAAAAUCUUUGUAGAAGCUCUUUUUGUAGACACUGCACUGGAAAUUAAAGGAGUGUCUGCCAGUUGGAAUAUGGCUGAACAAAUUAAGGUAUAGAAAUAUCAUAUUCGUCUCCAGUAAAUGAAGAAAGAUAGUUUCAGAGAAACCUGGGAAGGUUUGUAUGAAUUAGUACAGAAUUCCUGCAGUGAGAAGAGCCAGAACAAUUUAUCUUAUAUUUAUCUUAUCACUUUGGAAAAACAACUCUGAUAAAUGGAAUUUUCAAUCAUGGAUUCCAGAGGGCAGAUGAAGAAUGCUGCUCACCCCCUAACACAGAUUCUGCGCUCAAAAUGCAGAAAGAGACAUUCAUUCUUGGACAAGGUCAAUUUGGGGUUAAUAAUUGAAAUGUCAAGAAACUGUUCAGAAUCACAGAAAACCUGAACAAAUGAGAGGAAUAAAAUAUUUCAAAAGAAUUAGCACCAAGCAGUUUACCCUACCUAAAAGGAAGAAAAUGAAUCUUUAAUGGACUUGGGUGGCUCAAUGGAUAGAGGGCCCAGUUUGGGUUUUGGAGGACUUCCUGAGUUGAAAUCCAGACUUGGACACUAUGUGUGACCCUGGACAAAAUUAACCCUGUUUUGUGUUAGACUACCUGCCAUCUAGGGGAGGGGAUGGAAUGAAGGGAGAAGUUGGACCAGAAGGUUUUGUAUCAGUCAAUGUUGGAAAAUAUGCUUAUGUUUUGUAAAUAAAAAACUAUUAUAAAAAAUUAAAAAGAUUAA